AAUUCCGUGAUACAGAACAAAAGCCUAAAAAACUGGGUUUAACGUCAUAGGAGAAGAGAAGAGAAGAGAAGCGGUAGCCUGAAAAAAAAAAAAAAAUUCUCCAGAACGCUGAAAUCAAGAGAAGAAAAUCUCUCUGAUGACUUCAGUUCCUUCGAAACUCUACUCUGAUGAUGUUAGCCUUUUAGUUGUGUUAUUAGACACCAAUCCGUUCUUUUGGACCGCAUCUUCUUCCCUCUCAUUCUCCCAAUUCCUUUCUCAUGUGCUGGCGUUUGUGAACUCGAUUUUGCUGCUAAAUCAACUGAACCAAGUGGUGGUGAUUGCUUCUGGGUAUAAUACUUGUGAUUACAUUUAUGAUUCUUCUUCGGAUGCGAGUCAGCUGGGCUCGGAGAAUGGGAGAAUUCCGUCUCUUUAUUCCAAUUUGUUGCAGAAGUUGGAGGAGUUUAUGAUCAAAGACGAGAAACUGGGGAAAGAGCAGUCUCAAAGAGCGAUCAAGUCUUCGUUGCUCUCAGGCUCAUUGUCCAUGGCCCUUUGCUAUAUACAGAGGGUUUUUCGUUCAGGACCACUCCAUCCUCAACCUCGAAUUUUGUGUUUGCAGGGAUCCCCGGAUGGGCCUGAACAAUAUGUUGCAGUAAUGAACGCAAUAUUCUCUGCACAACGCUCUAUGGUGCCUAUAGAUUCAUGUUAUGUUGGUGCUCAUAAUUCAGCCUUCUUGCAGCAGGCCUCCUACAUAACCGGAGGUGUAUAUGUUAAGCCCCAACAUCUGGAUGGGCUAUUCCAAUAUUUGACGACAGUUUUUGCAACUGAUUUGCACUCUCGUAGCUUCAUACAACUUCCAAGACCUGCUGGUGUUGACUUCCGUGCGUCGUGUUUUUGCCAUAAAACCACAAUUGAUAUGGGCUACAUAUGUUCUGUAUGUUUGUCCAUAUUCUGCAAUCAUCACAAGAAGUGUUCGACUUGUGGGUCAGUUUUUGGCCAAGCCCAAUCAGAUACUUCCUCAACAUCAGAUCUUAAGAGAAAGGCUCCAGAAACAUAAUCUCUCUUUUAGAAGCAUUUGCAUUGAACUUGAAGAUGCUCUGUGAAGAUGGUCUUAUCUGCAUUACACAAUUUUUUCUUCUUUAGCACGUGGGAUUGAAAGUAUAUUAGGAAUCCUAAAGACUGGCAUUUGUUAUGCACGACUAAAUUGAUUAUCAAGUUGAAUUGAGAUUUGGUUUUGUUCUUUCAUGACUGAUCGCAUGAUAUUCCUCACUUCCAGCGAUGACAUGCUGCACAAAAUCAAUAUGGGAAUGGAUACCAGAAUGCCGAAAGUCCUAUGGGAAUGGACACUGGAAUGCCGAAAGUCCUCUGCUAGCCAUGAAUGGAGAGGUUAUUCCGGUGAUAUGUUUUUUGGGAGUGAUGAGCAAAUUGAGCUGGCAACAGCUCUUGUACUAGUGAAAACUAUUUCAUCCUGUUGCUUGUACGUAUUGUUUUAUGAGUUUGUAUUUGUUCUUACACCAAAAACUGAGGUGAUUAACAUUCUGCAGUCUUUGAGCUUCCGAAUCACAAAUAGUUCAAGUUUUCGUCGUUA